UUGAGUUAGAAUUUUUGUUUUAUUUAUAUUUGUAAAAAAAGAAAGGAAAGAACAGAAAAAAAAUGACAAAAAAAAUCCCCCCACAAGAAAACAGCCAUCUAAAACACAACCAAGCAAACCUUUGCCUUCACUUUAUCUUUGCUUCUGGUUCUGGCUAUUGUUUUAAAAAAGUAAUAAAAAGUCUAGGUUUGCUUUCAGACUCCGAGUAUGUGGGGGGGCUGCAGAACUCUGAUUGAUCAUGUGUCCAUGUCUUGGUAAGGUUGUUCUGUGUUGUCUUAAAAUCACGCCUCAGACCCGGAAUGCUUUUGAGGAGGGUGCUUUGCAAGGCCUCUGACCUCAGAGGAUGUGUUUGUGCCACAUUCUGUUCUGCUGUCUAUCUGGGUCCCUGAUCGAGUCCACGAAAAAGAUCUGGUUGAAUAUCAUCAGACUCGGCUAAUGUGUUUGUUCCAGGUUCUGCACUUUUUUUUUUCUUUAAAUCAUAGCCAUAUGGUAAAUUUUCUAUUUUGUUCCCGUUCUCAUUUACUGAUGAACAUGCAGUAGGUGUUUCUUGGAAAAGGCCAACUUUUAUUAAAAUACUUCUGCAAGAAAACUUAAAAACCCAAAAAGCAAAAAGAAAAUUUAAAGUCUUUUGCACAAUAAAUAUAUGUAUAUAGAGUUGGUAUUUUCUUUGUCUGGUGUAAGGAAGUAUAAUAUUUUAUAAAAUUUUAGAGUCUGUUUUCUUAAUUCAAUUAAGGCGCUGCCUGUCUACUUACUAAUCUGUUUUGUUGUCCAUUGCUCUGCUUUGCUAAACUGAAAAUUACUGAGAUCAAGAAGGCACUGUGUGCCUGCCUGGUGGGCACUGCAGCUUCGCUGAGAUGUCCAUCUCACGACAACCUGGCGAGUCAUUUCUCACUGUACACUUACACAUAUUUGCACUCCCUGUUCAAGAGCAAAGCUCCUCUUCCUUACAUUUAUCCUCCCUGACUUUCAAAACAUUCCCAUAAGCCAGGAAAUUUAGCUCCCCGGGCCUACCCAAAAAGCUGUUUACCACAACCAAGUGAUGCCUUUCUCUCUAUCAUCUAGUAACUGUUACGCUGUUUUAUUCUAGGAUAAAAUGGAUAUUGGGGGGGGGGGGCUAUAUGAUGGAGUAAUAGCAGUUAAUUAAAUGGCCUCUGCUCUCUCAGUAACUCAGGCCAUUCCUUCACAGUGGUGCCAUGGCCAACAUAUUUUGAUACUUUAUGGUUGAGACUGUGUUACUGGGUCACGUGAACCAGAGUUUCUUGAAAAGAGCUACUGUUGAAGAUCUUGUAGUCCGGCUGAUUAGAACGCUGUGUUUAUGGGGACUUGGAAUGUUGGUGACCCAGGGCCAGAACGACCUUAAGAUAACUUAGUUCCCAUAUAGCCAUUCACCACCCUCCUCUGUAUAUCUGACCUGCCUCUCUUUUGGCUAUCAGGUAACAGCUUCUGUAUGUAAUAACAAGGUAGGUAACUACUUUUCACCAACCCAAAUGAAAAAUGUCAUCACAUAGCACAUGACGCCUCAGCAGACAUUUUUCCUGAACACUGUAGCGACAUACUUCAUCAAGGGAUGAUUUUUUGUAAAUGCUUUCACUGGUUUUGCUCUAAAGUUGUAACAGUUCAUGUGGCUUCUUGUGCAGUGGAACAUGUCUUUCAGGGAAACACAUACCCAGGUUUCCAGCCAUGGUUACUCAUAUUUAGUUUAGAUAAAACAAAACAAAAACAAUAACACCUCUUAUUCCCUUUGGGGCAAGACCUGUUUUGCUUAGCAAGUUAGCAUCUGGAGUGUACAAUAAACUCCACACAGCAGUAGUGGUAUAAAACACUGAAUUAUCAAUAGCCCUUAUCAACAGUUCUGGGAUGGGUAUCGGAAUUAAGAUAAGUAAAGUUACUAAUACAGUUCUGAACCUCCCUCAUCCAACCUCACCAAAGCUAAGUAGUAUAGUUUCUCUGUUUGGAUCAAGUGCCUAGCCAGAAAAAACAAAAAACAAAAACACUCCCCAAAACAAAAAAACCAAAACUCAAAAACAACAAAUAAAACAAAACACUGACUUGUAUAGACUUCCCUUCUCAGACAAGACCUGCAUCAUUUUCAUUGACCCCUAAACCCUAAAAUAUGUAUUUUAGGUUUACUUGUUGUCUCAAUUGCAGUUUCUAUAAAAGCCAACGAAGUUUUGAAUUGGACACUUAGAAUACUUACAAAUUUAGAAAUUAUGAGUGAAGUAUUAUGCUAUAACUUGUGAUGAAGACACACUUUGCUGCUCUGGAAACUAGAAAGAGUCAAGAUUGAAUUCAAAUCAAGUAUUUAAAAUAUUUUACAGGUGAAGCCUAGCUGAGGUUGCUAAGCAACCUGACAGCCUCCCAAGCAGGGACCAACUCACCUCCCACACUUGACCAUCUCUCCCCAGUAGUGGGACGCGGAGUCGCCAUUGGUCCCUAGCUCCUCUCACUGACCUUCAAUUGGUCGGAGAACCUCUCACUCCGCUCCCGUUGGCUCUCGCCGUCUCUCGCCGUCCCGUCAUUGGCAGGCUUGUUCUCGGGCCACCCUACGUCACCGUCUCACCCCACUUCCCAGGUCCUCCGACUUUGUUCCCACCCCUUCCCCCGCCCUUCCAGCAGCGAGGGAAAACCCUAGCGAGUCACCGCCCCUCAUUUUCCUCCCAUUGGCAGAGAGUGGGUCGAGGGGCGGGCACUGCCGAGCGACUCUGAGUCCGGUGAUUGGCUGAGAUAGCUGCUGUCCUGCCCUCUGUCCCCUCCCGGCAUUGCCGGAGUCGGGUGGGUCGGUGGCUAUAAAGCUGCUGAGGGCGGGAGGCACAGUCUACUGUCCUCCGUCCUUUGCUCCGUUCUACUCCCAGGGUCCGAUCGCGUUUGGGUGAGUGUCCCGCGCGGGGCCAGCCAGCCGACCGCCGAGACCGCGGGCGGCGUGUGCUGGGAAGAGGCAGUGUCCUUGACUAGGCCGGAAGGCACUGCGCUCUGGUCAGGGCUAUGGCGUGGACCGGGUCCUGGAGGAUAGGGCUCAGGGAGCGGGUUUGUGCGGGAGCUAGAGGGCUUGGGGACCCCGGUCCGCUGAGAGGCGGAGGAGGGGACCCGGGCUCCACUGUAGGCAGGCGGGACUCAGAGAGAAGGCAAAGGGCGUUGAGAGCCUGGUGUUCUGAUGACAUAGUCAGAAGUCGGAGUCGCCUUAGAGGUGCCUGUGACCACCGAAGUGGGGGCGUCAGCAGGGGAUGAGAAUGGAGCUGGGCUGUCAGAGCUUUCCUCGGGUUAAUUAAUCGUAGACCCCAAAGGGAUGGGGAAGCUCAGGUUCAGAGGGAGGGUUGUAGGUCGGCAGGGGGUGUGUCCUGCCUCCAUUUACAGCAUUGAUGAGAGGAAGUGGGCAGUGUUACUUUUCCCCAAUUCAGGUGCAAGAAAUCACAAUUGUGAUUUAGGCCUAGCCAAGGAUUGAUGGUCUGGACACCUUUGUGCCUGAAGGAGGAACCGGUGACAGACCUGGAGACUACAGUUCUCUGUCCUUCACACAGCUCUUUCACCAUGCCUGGGUCACUUCCUUUGAAUGCAGAGGCUUGCUGGCCAAAAGAUGUGGGAAUCGUUGCCCUUGAAAUCUACUUUCCUUCUCAGUAUGUUGAUCAAGCUGAGUUGGAAAAAUACGAUGGUGUAGAUGCUGGAAAGUAUACCAUUGGCCUGGGCCAGGCCAGGAUGGGCUUCUGCACGGAUCGCGAAGACAUCAACUCUCUCUGCCUGACUGUGGUUCAGAAACUGAUGGAGAGAAAUAGCCUUUCCUAUGACUGCAUUGGGCGGCUGGAAGUCGGGACAGAGACAAUCAUCGACAAAUCAAAAUCCGUGAAGUCUAAUUUGAUGCAGCUGUUUGAGGAGUCUGGGAAUACAGAUAUAGAAGGAAUAGAUACAACUAAUGCAUGCUAUGGGGGCACAGCCGCAGUCUUCAAUGCUGUGAACUGGAUCGAAUCCAGCUCUUGGGAUGGACGAUACGCUUUGGUAGUUGCAGGAGACAUCGCUAUAUAUGCCUCAGGAAACGCCAGGCCUACAGGUGGAGUUGGAGCUGUGGCUCUGCUAAUUGGGCCAAAUGCUCCUGUAAUUUUUGACCGAGGGCUUCGUGGGACACACAUGCAGCAUGCCUACGACUUUUACAAGCCUGACAUGCUCUCUGAAUACCCUGUGGUAGAUGGAAAACUCUCCAUACAGUGCUACCUCAGCGCAUUGGACCGCUGCUAUUCUGUCUACCGCAAAAAGAUCCGGGCCCAGUGGCAGAAAGAGGGAAAGGAUAAAGAUUUUACCCUGAAUGAUUUUGGCUUCAUGAUCUUUCACUCGCCAUACUGUAAACUGGUGCAGAAAUCUCUAGCUAGGAUGUUCCUGAAUGACUUUCUUAACGAUCAAAACAGAGACAAAAACAGUAUUUACAGUGGGCUGGAAGCCUUUGGGGAUGUGAAAUUAGAAGAUACUUACUUCGACAGAGAUGUGGAAAAGGCAUUUAUGAAGGCUAGUGCUGAGCUAUUCAACCAGAAAACAAAGGCAUCUUUGCUUGUAUCGAAUCAAAAUGGAAACAUGUACACAUCCUCUGUAUACGGUUCCCUUGCUUCUGUUCUGGCACAGUACUCACCUCAACAGUUGGCCGGGAAGAGGAUUGGAGUGUUCUCUUACGGUUCUGGCUUGGCUGCCACACUCUACUCCCUUAAAGUCACACAAGAUGCCACACCAGGAUCUGCUCUUGACAAAAUAACAGCAAGUUUAUGUGACCUUAAGUCAAGGCUUGACUCAAGAACGUGUGUGGCACCAGACGUCUUUGCUGAAAACAUGAAGCUCAGAGAGGACACACAUCACUUAGCCAACUAUAUUCCCCAGUGUUCAAUAGAUUCACUCUUCGAAGGAACAUGGUAUCUAGUCAGAGUGGAUGAAAAGCACAGAAGAACUUACGCCCGGCGUCCCUCCACAAAUGACCACAGUUUGGAUGAAGGAGUGGGACUUGUGCAUUCAAACACAGCUACAGAGCAUAUUCCAAGCCCGGCUAAGAAAGUGCCAAGACUUCCUGCGACCUCGGGCGAACCUGAGUCGGCUGUCAUCAGUAACGGGGAGCACUGAGAGCCCGUGGCCUUCACAGAGGCUCGGGGCUGGGAUGGGGUAUGGAAACGGUUAGAGGAAUGGAUGUCUUGGGACAAUUUUACAGAUUACGUGUUGCUUAAAAAUGUAAUGUAACUGACACAGAGCCCAGAAAACUGUUGUGUUUUUGGAGAAGUCUCCGCUGAGCUCCUAACACACUUCCUGCUGUGGGCUGGCCAAUGGUGAAUGUACUGCGAUGGUGUUAAGGGCUCUGCAGAACGUCAUACCUCGCUGCAUGUUUACACGCAUGCGGGUUAGGCUUCAAACUCGGUCUGAACUGAGUGCUUCUGACUGCAAAGGCAGAGGUACUGCUGUCCAGUUUAAAAAAUUGUUUUUUUUUUUUUUAAUGUGUAAGAAUUUUUAUACUUAAAUAAAAAAAAGUACCUGUAGCUUUUGGGGGAAAAAAAAAACCUUUUUCUAGGUUGGGGAUUGUGGAAUUUAAAUGUUACACAUAAACUCUGCUUAAUGGCAAGGCAAACAUUUAUCUUUUUCGAAGAUUUAUAAAUCCUGAAGAGAAAAAAAGAGGGUAUGGUUCUAGGAUCUGGAUGAACCAUCAGUGAGAAAGGUUAGUCAUAAUCAAGUGAGCAGAAGGAUGCUGGCGUUGAGCAGGCCUCUGUCACAGCAACCAGGGCUCUGUGGGCACAGCUGAGGGAACUUUCUGGCCAGGUGCCCGUGACUGCUGCUCAGCUGCACUGAGAUGCAGUGGAGCUGCUGCACGGAAGCUUGCUGUGGUGCUGAGCGCCUUACCUGCGGGAUAAAGUGUAAAGUAGGAGGGAUGGGCAGGGCACUAUUAGGUUACAGUGUUACAGACCCAGGUUAUAGACUUGACAGCUCAAACUCACCAGACACCUUUUUCCCUUUGUGGUUUGUGUAUUUUUUGUGUUUUGUUUGUUUUUUUUAUAUUGUUCAAUUAAAAAUUAGAAAAUUUAACCUACGUUUUCACAUAGUCUGAUUAGCCAAAAGGAAUUUCACUUCAAGAUCUAGAAAUAGAAUUCAUAACAUUUUUUCCUAAACUUUGACUUUUAAAACAACGAAAAUUACCACAUGAGAUGAACAAGAAAAUUCAUUAGAAAGUUCUCUGGAUGAUUUUUGGUGCUGAACUGACAUGAGCCUCAUAGACUGUAAAACAGAGGUAGUUGAAACUAAUGUACAGAACUACAUUUUUUAAUUUUAUUUGCAUUUAAUUCUGUGAAGUUUCAGUUAUCUAAAAUAAACACAUAAACGUGUAAUGUUUCAGAUUGCAAGGUGAGAUGUAAUGUAGCAUUUGUAAGAUAUUCUUGUCAAUAUUAACUGGUAGGAUUUUGAUUUGUACAGUUUUAAUUGGUUAAAAUGAUCUCAUUUUAACAUCCACUGCUAUAGAUGAAUGAUGUAAGCUCAGAUUUAAUGAAUGGUGGGGAAAUGGUGCAUGUAAUUUUUUCGCAAGUAUCGAGAGUUCUGUAUGUUUUGAAAAGAAUAAUUUAACGUUUGGGUGCCAGGAAGGGGGCUUUCCCAGAGUCCAUUGCCAGGCGUGGGCAAGCCUCGCAAUGUUGGCACGGAGCGUUAACCACACCUUACUAAUAGCAAGGGGAAUAACUUUGAAAUAAAGUUUUAGACAAAUA